CAUGCCACUGGCUCGCAGCCUGUCCAUCACCUCCCUGUCGGGGUUGGAGGAGUGGGAUGAGGAGUUUGACCUGGAGGAUGCCGUCCUCUUCGAGAUCGCAUGGGAGGUGGCCAACAAAGGUAACAGUGUGUGUGACUAUAUAAGUAAUAACUCUUGGUUCUGUGUGUAACUACAGUAUAUUAGUAAUAACUCUUGGUUCUGUGUGUAACUACAGUAUAUUAGUAAUAACUCUUGGUUCUGUGUGGAACGACAGUAUAUUAGUAAUAACUCUUGGUUCUGUGUGGAACGACAGUAUAUUAGUAAUAACUCUUGGUUCUGUGUGGAACGACAGUAUAUUAGUAAUAACUCUUGGUUCUGUGUGGAACGACAGUAUAUUAGUAAUAACUCUUGGUUCUGUGUGUAACUACAGUAUAUUAGUAAUAACUCUUGGUUCUGUGUGGAACGACAGUAUAUUAGUAAUAACUCUUGGUUCUGUGUGUAACUACAGUAUAUUAGUAAUAACUCUUGGUUCUGUGUGUAACGACAGUAUAUUAGUAAUAACUCUUGGUUCUGUGUGGAACGACAGUAUAUUAGUAAUAACUCUUGGUUCUGUGUGUAACUGCAGUAUAUUAGUAAUAACUCUUGGUUCUGUGUGUAACUGCAGUAUAUUAGUAAUAACUCUUGGUUCUGUGUGUAACUACAGUAUAUUAGUAAUAACUCUUGGUUCUGUGUGUAACGACAGUAUAUUAGUAAUAACUCUUGGUUCUGUGUGGAACGACAGUAUAUUAGUAAUAACUCUUGGUUCUGUGUGUAACUGCAGUAUAUUAGUAAUAACUCUUGGUUCUGUGUGUAACUACAGUAUAUUAGUAAUAACUCUUGGUUCUGUGUGUAACUACAGUAUAUUAGUAAUAACUCUUGGUUCUGUGUGUAACUACAGUAUAUUAGUAAUAACUCUUGGUUCUGUGUGUAACUACAGUAUAUUAGUAAUAACUCUUGGUUCUGUGUGUAACUACAGUAUAUUAGUAAUAACUCUUGGUUCUGUGUGUAACUACAGUAUAUUAGUAAUAACUCUUGGUUCUGUGUGUAACUGCAGUAUAUUAGUAAUAACUCUUGGGUUCUGUGUGGAACGACGUAUAUUAGUAUAACUCUUGGUCUGUGUGUAACCUACAUAUAUUAGUAAUACUCUUGGUUCUGUGUGUAACUACAGUAUAUUAGUAAUAACUCUUGGUUUCUGUGUGGAACUACAGUAUAUUAUAAUAACUCUUGGGUCUGUGUGUAACUACAGUAUAUUAGUAAUAACUCUUGGUUCUGUGUGUAACUACAGUAUAUUAGGAAUAACUCUUGGUUCUGUGUGGAACGACAGUAUAUUAGUAAUAACUCUUGGUUCUGUGUGUAACUACGUAUAUUUAGUAAUAACUCUUGGUUCUGUGUGGAACGACAGUAUAUUAGUAAUAACUCUUGGUUCUGUGUGUAACUACAGUAUAUUAGUAAUAACUCUUGGUUCUGUGUGUAACUUGCAGUAUAUUAAGUAAUAACUCUUGGUUCUGUGUGUAACUACAGUAUAUUAGUAAUAACUCUUGGUUCUGUGUGUAACUACAGUAUAUUAGUAAUAACUCUUGGUUCUGUGUGUAACUGCAGUAUAUUAGUAAUAACUCUUGGUUCUGUGUGGAACGACAGUAUAUUAGUAAUAACUCUUGGUUCUGUGUGUAACUGCAGUAUAUUAGUAAUAACUCUUGGUUCUGUGUGGAACGCAGUAUAUUAGUAUAACUCUUGUUCUGUGUGUAAACUACAGUAUAUUAUAAAUAACUCUUUGGUUCUGUGUGUAACUGCAGUAUAUUAGUAAUAACUCUUGGUUCUGUGUGGAACGACAGUAUAUUAGUAAUAACUCUUGGUUCUGUGUGGAACGACAGUAUAUUAGUAAUAACUCUUGGUUCUGUGUGGAACGACAGUAUAUUAGUAAUAACUCUUGGUUCUGUGUGGAACGACAGUAUAUUAGUAAUAACUCUUGGUUCUGUGUGGAACGACAGUAUAUUAGUAAUAACUCUUGGUUCUGUGUGUAACGACAGUAUAUUAGUAAUAACUCUUGGUUCUGUGUGUAACUACAGUAUAUUAGUAAUAACUCUUGGUUCUGUGUGUAACUACAGUAUAUUAGUAAUAACUCUUGGUUCUGUGUGUAACUGCAGUAUAUUAGUAAUAACUCUUGGUUCUGUGUGUAACUACAGUAUAUUAGUAAUAACUCUUGGUUCUGUGUGGAACUACAGUAUAUUAGUAAUAACUCUUGGUUCUGUGUGUAACUACAGUAUACUAGUAAUAACUCUUGGUUCUGUGUGGAACUACAGUAUAUUAGUAAUAACUCUUGGUUCUGUGUGUAACUACAGUAUAUUAGUAAUAACUCUUGGUUCUGUGUGGAACUACAGUAUAUUAGUAAUAACUCUUGGUUCUGUGUGUAACUACAGUAUAUUAGUAAUAACUCUUGGUUCUGUGUGUAACUACAGUAUAUUAGUAAUAACUCUUGGUUCUGUGUGUAACUGCAGUAUAUUAGUAAUAACUCUUGGUUCUGUGUGUAACUGCAGUAUAUUAGUAAUAACUCUUGGUUCUGUGUGUAACUACAGUAUAUUAGUAAUAACUCUUGGUUCUGUGUGGAACGACAGUAUAUUAGUAAUAACUCUUGGUUCUGUGUGGAACGACAGUAUAUUAGUAAUAACUCUUGGUUCUGUGUGUAACUACAGUAUAUUAGUAAUAACUCUUGGUUCUGUGUGUAACUGCAGUAUAUUAGUAAUAACUCUUGGUUCUGUGUGUAACUACAGUAUAUUAGUAAUAACUCUUGGUUCUGUGUGGAACUACAGUAUAUUAGUAAUAACUCUUGGUUCUGUGUGGAACUACAGUAUAUUAGUAAUAACUCUUGGUUCUGUGUGGAACUACAGUAUAUUAGUAAUAACUCUUGGUUCUGUGUGUAACUACAGUAUAUUAGUAAUAACUCUUGGUUCUGUGUGUAACUACAGUAUAUUAGUAAUAACUCUUGGUUCUGUGUGGAACGACAGUAUAUUAGUAAUAACUCUUGGUUCUGUGUGUAACUGCAGUAUAUUAGUAAUAACUCUUGGUUCUGUGUGUAACUGCAGUAUAUUAGUAAUAACUCUUGGUUCUGUGUGUAACGACAGUAUUAGUAAUAACUCUUGGUUCUGUGUGUAACUGCAGUAUAUUAGUAAUAACUCUUGGUUCUGUGUGUAACUACAGUAUAUUAGUAAUAACUCUUGGUUCUGUGUGGAACGACAGUAUAUUAGUAAUAACUCUUGGAUCUGUGUGUAACUACAGUAUAUUAGUAAUAACUCUUGGUUCUGUGUGGAACGACAGUAUAUUAGUAAUAACUCUUGGUUCUGUGUGUAACUGCAGUAUAUUAGUAAUAACUCUUGGUGCGUGCCUCUGUGCAGUUGGUGGGAUUUACACAGUGAUCCAGACCAAAGCCCGUCUGACGGUGGAGGAAUGGGGAGAAAACUAUUUCCUGGUUGGUCCGUAUGUGGAGAGUAACGUCCGCACCCAGGUAGAGCUGAUCGAGCCCACCAACCCUGCCCUCAAGAGAGCCAUAGACAAGAUGAAUUCCAGCGGAUGUAAGGUACAGACCCACACAAGUUUGCUGGCCCUAUUAAAGGACUUAAAGGGGCAAUCUGCAGUUGCUACAUCCAUUUUUGGAAUUAAUAUGUACCCAUUUUGAUUAUUUAAGAAUAUAACUUGAGCUUAGCUUAACUGUCAUACCCCACCAGAUCCCAAAAUAUAAGCUUGUUUUACUCCAAUGUUUGGAAACAAAGAAAAUGUAAACAAUCACCAUAUAAAUUAAAACAUGGUUAAAACUAUCAAUUUUAUAUCUAGGAUGGUCAGUCCUUGCAUCCGUGUGUGUGUGUGUGUGUGUACAACUUCCUGAAUUACCAUUGGUUCUCGUUGUUGAGGUUGACAACAAUAGAACAAAAUAUUAGCAAUACAUAACUUCUUCACAUCCUUGCAAUUGAAAUGUUCUAGAUUAUGAUGAGGUUAAAAGCAGUACUAUGCCAUUGUAGGCAUUUCUAAGCAGUGUCCUUCAACAACCAUGUUAAUGUCUGCAUUUUCAGACCAAAGUCAAUCUGAUGAUUUGGACAUGAAAUGUAAAACAUGCUAAACGGAGGAGAUUGUCAUUGCUUUUUGUCCCUCAAAUGCUAACAUUAGCAUUUCUUAGCAGUGGCUAGUUUUUAAAAAGGUUGGAUCACAGUCACUUCAUGACUUCAACCUUGCGUCACGAGCCCCUGUGCACCCCAAGACCCCACCUAACACUGGUCCAUGGCAGUGGCUUUCCCCAGGACACACACACAGUCUUGUAUAACUAACCUUGUGGGGACACACAAGUCAGUCCCAUUCAAAAUCCUAUUUUCCCUAACCCUUACACGAAAACCUAACCUAACCCUAGCUCCUAAACCUAAUUCGGACCCUAGCACUAAUUCUAACCUUAACCCAAAACCCCCUAGAAAUAGCAUUUGACCUAGUGGGGACCAACAAGUAUAGUUAAACACACACACACACACACACACACACACACACACACACAGUGUCCCUCUUUCACUCUAUACUUCUCUCUGUCCUUGCCACUCUAAUCUCUGGUAUUUCUGUUAAAAGGUUAAAGGCUGUAUCAGUGUCACACACACACUGCUGUCUAUUUCUGGUAGGCAGAAUGUAGCGUGUGUUUAGUGUGUGUAGUUCAUAUGUGUGUGUGUGCCAUGCUGAGUCAGUCGUUGGCAUUCUAGGUGUGCAGGGUCAUAGCAGUGCAGUGCACCAUGGGAAAGCCCUGUGUGGUGAGGUCAUAUCAUUUGAUUGGGGGAGAGCGAUACUGUGCACUAAUCGUAAUCGUCCUUACUUGAGGACUGGAAGUUGUGGAACAUUUGUGUAAAUCAUUGUGUAAGCUCCCUGUUUUGUGGGAUAAAAAAAAGGAAUGUUUUUUUAAUUUCUGACUCGCAACUACAAAUAAAAAUAAACUUAGGCCCAGACUGUGACCACUUUUGAAAAUUGGAGUUGUGUAGCGACACAUGGCAACAGACAGAGCUUGCCUGGUAGGAGUACUUUAAAACACUGAUAAAAAGUUUCUACCUUUUCCUCUUUUUAAAUCUUAUCCUUUUCUUUUUUCUUUUUCUUUCCUCCUCUCUCCCCUUCUCUCUUCCUCUCUCUCUCUCUCUCUCUCUCUUCCCAGGCAUCGGGGAUUUUUUUUGGAUUUUGGGGUUUUUGGGUUUGGAGGGUUUUUUAAAAUAAUUUGUUUUUUUUCCUUCCUUGUUUCUCCUUUAUGGUGGGGGGUAAUGCAUGUUUUUUUAGUGGUCCCCUUUGUUUUUUAUUUUUCAAAGUUAGAGAGGAAGAGGACAGAGGUUUAGUUUCUUGGGGUUUUGAACGGUGAGGUGUGAGCGAUGGCUUCGCAGCCUAGCGCGGAGGAAACGCUGUCGUUACGGCAUGGAUUCAGGUGUGUUCCUGAGAAUGGAAUUAAGGUGGAGGAGGUUCUGCUCGCGGUCGGCGAACAGGUAGGAGCCGAAUUUAUACAUUCCGCGUCCAGAAUGAACAAAGCUGUGGUUGUGUUCAUGAAAAGGGCACAUUUGGUGGGUAGGCUCAUUUCAAGCGGAAUAUUUGUAAGGGAUGUGUUGGUGCCAAUUUCUCCUCUUUCUACCCCUUCGACCAGGGUGGUAGUUGCAAAUUUGCCUCCGUUUAUUACGGAUGAUCAAAUCAGGAAGGAGUUGAGUCGUUUUGGUAAGUUUGCUAGCGGUUUUCGUGUACUGUCGGCAGGUUUUCAGGCAGAUGCCGUCAAGCACGUUGUUUCAUUCCGGAGGCAAGUGUUCAUGUUUCUGAACAACAAUGAGCAACAGUUAAAUGUGAACUUUAAAGUGAGGCAUGGGGAGGGGCUCUACGCAGGUUUUGCCAGCACAGAUAGCCUACGGUGCUUUGAGUGUGGGGAUUUGGGGCAUAAGAGCUUUGCGUGCCCACAUAAAGGCCGUAGACAAGGUGAGGGUUCAAGCGCCAGUGGGGGAAAUAGAGGUCAACGUGCAGGAGGCAAUGAGACACAGGCAGCAGAGGCUGGGUCUAGUCAUGCGACAGAUGGUGGUGUAGUUAAGGCUGGGUCUAGUCAUGCUAUAGGUGGUGGUGUAGAUGGGGCUGGGUCUAGUCAGGCUAUAGAUGGUGGUGUAGAUGGGGCUGGGCCUAGUCAUGCUAUAGAUGGUGGUGUAGAUGGGGCUGGGUCUAGUCGUGUGAUGGAUGGUGGUGUAGCUGAGGCUGGGUCUAGUCAUGUUAUGGAGUGUGGUGUAGAUGAGGCUGCGCCUAGUCAUGCUAUAGAUGGUGGUGUAGAUGAGGCUGGGUCUAGUCAUGCUAUAGAUGGUGGUGUAGAUGAGGCUGGGUCUAGUCAGGUUAUGUUAGUGGAUGAGGAGAGUGUAGUGGGGAAGGGGAAGCGACUAGGAGGGGUGGAGGAGGGUGUCAAGCGGAAGAGGAAAAAGGGGGAGAAGAAAGGAGGUGGGAAGGCAGAGGCUAGUGUGAUGAAAGACACCAAGGAACCUUUGCCUGGUGCGGGGGGGGAGGCCCCGACUAGAGAGGAAGGGCAGGUGGUCAGGUUGCCUGGUGCGGGGGGGGAGGCCCCGACUAGAGAGGAAGGGCAGGUGGUCAGGUUGCCUGGUGGGGGGGGGGAGGCCCCGACUAGAGAGGAAGGACAGGUGGUCAGGAUGGGAGAUGGAGAUGAGGAGGAGGAAGGUGAGUCUGAGGAAGUAGACGAUGAGGAGGAUUUCUUUUCAGACUCCUCCGCAAUGGGUCCAGAGCUGACAGCCAGUCAGUCAGAGGAGUCAAAGUACACAGUGAGGGAACUGUCAAGGUUCCUGAAGGAGACUAAGGGGAAAAAGGUUAAUCUUGAGGCUUUCUUUUGCGAUCCGGGAAAGUUUGUAAGAUCAGUGCAACAUGCAAUGAAAAAUGAGGGGCAUGGUGUCCUCUCACCCAGGAAACGGUUUAGGUUAAGGAAGUGGGUCACAACUGUGCGUAAAGGUCUACCUUCAGACACUGUCUAGAUGAAAGUUUUCUUUCUGGCACUGGAGCUUUUUGAGCUUUGCUAUUGGUCUCUUUCUUUGCUGGCUUUUCUCCCACUUCUUAUGGAGACUCUUUGGGUAGGCUCGCUUAAUAUUAAUGGCGCCAGAGAUGCGGGAAAGAGGAGUGUGUUGGGUGAAUAUGUAAAACAAAAAAAAGUACAAGUGUUGUUUCUGCAGGAGACGCAUAGCGAUGUGGUGAAUGAGGUUGAUUGGGGGCUCUGGUGGAAAGGGGCAAGUGUGCUGAGCCAUGGAACAAAUGUUAGUGCAGGGGUGGCAGUCCUUUUUGUACCGGGUCUGUCUGUAACAAUUUGCUCCUCAAAAGAGGUGUGUACAGGCAGACUGCUUGUAGUAAAGGCAGAAAUUAACAACAGGGGUUUUGUCUUUAUAAAUGUGUAUGCGCCCAACACAGGGAGAGAGAGGGGGCUUCUAUUUGGGUGUCUUAGAAAGGAACUCUCACAGGUAGCGCCUGAGGAGACGCUGGUGGUCGGCGGGGACUGGAACUGUACGAUGGAUUUUACGAAAGACAGAAAUGGGGAGGAGCCUCAUUCAGGCUCAGUGGGGGUGUUAAGGGACAUUAUUAAUCAAUUUGACCUAGUUGAUGUUUGGAGAACUAGACAUCCCAACACAAGACAGUAUACAUGGGUGAAGGUCUUUGGGGCUAGGGUGAGUGCAGCCCGACUUGAUCGAUUGUACAUGUCCAGGAAUCAGAGCAAUAGGUUGUUGGGCGCUACCAUUCUCCCGGUGGGUUUUUCGGAUCAUCACAUAACCAUGGCUCGGCUGUCUAUUUCACCAGGGCCUCGGCAGGCAUCCUAUUGGAAGUUUAAUGUAAAGCUCUUACAAGAUAACACUUUUUGCUCAGGUUUCCAGACUUUUUGGGAAAGGUGGGGGCAGCGAAGAGAGGAGUAUGAGUCUCUGAGUCAAUGGUGGGAUGUGGGAAAAGUCCAAAUUCGGCUUUUCUGCCAACAGUAUACAGCUCUGUCAUCCUCAGAGGCUAGGAGAGUAUUGGGGGAACUCGAACGUAGUAUUAGUGAGAUGGAGGUAGAGCUGGUGGGGCAAGGCAAUGUAGGCCUCCAGGUUAAUCUAGCUGAACUACGUAGGGACCUGGGCAGUUUUUUCCAGGUUAAAGCAAAGGGAGCACUUGUAAGAGCUAGGUUCUCCAUGCUCAAGGAGAUGGAUGCUCCCAGCUCCUUCUUCUUUGGUUUGGAAAGACAGAGCGGUGAAGCCAAGGGUAUGCAUUGUCUACGGCUUUCGGAUGGGCGGGUGACCUCUGUGGUGGGGGAGAUGCGGGAGCGGACUGUGGAGUUUUAUACUGAAUUGUAUAAGGCAGAACUGUGUGAUCCUAUGUGUGCUCAGGUUUUGUUUGCCGAACUCCCUAAGCUCUCUCUGGUACAAAGGGAUGAAAUGGACAUUCCCCUGUUGUCCCAUGAACUGGCAGAGGCCGUAACCCAGAUGUCCCCCGGGCCGUGCACCGGGGGUCGAUGGACUCCCAGUGGAGUUUUAUAAAAAAUUCUGGGGAAUAAUUGGACUGGACUUCUUUCGCGUGUUGCGUGAAUGCGUCGGGGUAGGAGAGUUGCCGAUGAGCUGCCGUCGGGCGGCUCUGACUCUCCUGCCCAAAAAAGGGGACUUGUGUGAACUUAAGAACUGGAGGCCUGUGGCAUUGCUCUGUGCGGACUACAAGAUAUUUGCCAAGGUCCUCACUAACAGACUAAAGUCCCAUCUGGACUCUAUAGUACAUAAGGACCAGACAUAUUGCAUACCAGGACGCUUAAUCACGGACAACUUGUUCUUAAUCAGGGACAUGUUGGACUUGUCGAGAAGUUCUAAUGUGAACUUUGGUCUGGUCUCUUUAGAUCAAGAGAAGGCCUUUGAUAGAGUGGACCAUGAGUAUCUGUUUAAUGUGAUGUCUGUGUUUGGGUUUGGGGAAAGGUUUUUGGCCUAUGUGAAGAUGUUGUAUGCUGGGGCAUCAUGUAUGGUUAAGGUGGGAGGGGGGCUCAGUAGGCCAGUCUGGGUUAGGCGGGGCAUUAGACAAGGAUGCCCUCUAUCAGGGCAGUUAUAUACACUAGCCAUUGAACCUUUUUUGGGCCUGCUACGCAGGAGACUGAAGGGAGUGUGCUGGACAGGCAUAGCAGUGUCAGCGUAUGCAGAUGACGUUUCUGUGAUGGUCAGGGAUGGUCAGGAUAUGCAGGCACUGGAGAAUAGUCUGAAGGUGUACGAGGGAGCUUCGUCAGCUAAGGUAAACUGGGGAAAGAGCAAAGCUCUGUUAUGUGGGGCAUGGGGGGAUAGGGUCCCUCCUCUGCUUCCAGGGGGGUUGCAGUGGGGUUGUGAAGGGCUUAAAAUAUUGGGGGUGUACCUGGGCUCGGAGACGUGGGUCAGGAAGAACUGGGAGGGGCUGUCACAGGCAGUGGUGUCAAGACUGGCCAGGUGGAGGUGGCUCCUGUCCCAAGUGUCAUAUAGAGGGAGGGUGCUGAUAAUCAACAACCUGGUGGCAUCUUCCCUGUGGCAUAAACUGGCUGUCCUCAACCCCCCUGCUGGGCUGCUCGCAGACCUGCAACGCAAGCUGGUGGAUUUUUUCUGGUCGGGCCAUCACUGGCUGAGGGCGGCAGUGUUGUAUAUGUCCGUAAAUGAAGGAGGACAGGGCCUGGUGGAACUGGAGAGCAGGGUGGCUGCAUUCCGACUAAAGGCGGCACAGAGACUGCUGUACCAUACUGAUGUCGGAUGGAGGGAGCCAGCAUGCGCGCUGCUGAGGAGAGCUGGCGGAUUAGGGUUGGACCGGCAGCUAUUCCUCAUGAGGCUGGAGGGGCUGAGUACAGCAGGACUCUCUGAUUUUUACUCUGCGGUGCUGAGGGCCUGGCAGCUACUAAGGCCCACACGAAAAGGGGGUGUGGAGCCUGGGCUGUGGGUGUGGGAGGAGCCUAUCUUCCACAACCCAGUCAUCCUUUUGAGAUCGGUUUCAGUCAGCCACCCUGAAGAGGCGACUGAUGGCAGCGGGAUUACUAAGGCUGGGUGACCUGCGACUGCUGGGAGAGGAUGGAUGGAAAACCCCAGAAGUCCUAGCAAAACAAACAGGACUAACGUCUCUUAGGCUGCUGGAGAGAUUCCUGGGGGAAGUCCAGGAGGCACUGUCCGAGCCGGUAAGGGGGGUGUUUGAGCAGCCAAAGGGGGAGGGGCCACCAAUGUUUCCGCCACUGUACGUGACGGCAGAGACUGGGGACUGGCAAGGGGGUCUGGAGGACUUGUUAGAUUUUAACACUCCGAGCCUGGGCGAGUUUGAGGGGGUGGGAGGUAAAGCCCUCUACAACCUCUGCAUUAAGGUAAGGAACAUUAGGAGCCUAACAGGAGUGAAGGCACAUCAGUGGCAGGGGGCAUGUGGAGCGGAGAGUAUGAUUGGUUUUAGAUGGAGGGGGCUCUACAAACUCCCAGUACCAAAGAGGUCAGGGGACCUCCAGUGGAGGGUUUUACAUGGAGCCCUGGCCACUAACAGCUGGUUAGCACGGGUUGAACCGGGAGUCAGACAGGGGUGUCCUUUCUGUGUCAUGAGUGAAACUGUGAUUCAUGUGUUUUCUGUGUGCGCCAGGUUAAUGCCUUUAAUGUCUCAGUUGGAAUGUCUGUGUGAGAGGUUGGGGGUGGUUUUUACUGUCGGGAUGUUUAUAAUGGGGUACAGGUUUCAAAUAAGGAAAAGGAAAAAUGUGUGUUGUUGAAUUUUCUGUUUGCUCAGUCAAGUUAGCUAUUGGCUAACAAGGAGGAACAGGGUCAAAGUGGGGGGAUACCGACCCUUUACUAUUAUUAAUGGGCUGGUCUCUGCGCGCCUUAGGGUGGGAUUUGAGUUUUAUAUAAAAUGAUAAAAAGUGUGGAGAUGUUUAAGAAAUAUGGUGUGUUGGGGGGGCUGUCUGUAUAGCUGAGGAAGAUUGUCUGGAUAUACGUUGUAGAGUUGGUGAGGUUUGGGUUAUUGUGAUGUGUGGUGUUGUUUUGUAACAUGGGGUAGAGGAAAAGGUGAGUAUGCAGUACAGGGGAUAUUGGUAAUCUGUGUACUUUAUUUUAAGGGGGGUGGGUGGGGUUUUAUUAGAUGAGGAUGUACCAUUAAAGAAAGACAAAAAGUAAAAAGUCUAUCGCUCUCUCUCUCUCGAUCUCUCCUCUCAUCGCUCUCGAGAGCCCUCUCUCUCUCUGACUAUCUCUAGACUCUCUCUUCUAGGUCUCUCUCUCUCUCUCUCUCUCUCUUCUCUCUCUCUCUCUCUCUCUCUCUCUCUCUCUCUCUCUCUCUCUUUUCACCCUAGGUGUACUUUGGUCGUUGGCUGAUUGAGGGGAGUCCGUACGUGGUGCUGAUAGAUGUGGCGUUCACUGCCUGGAACCUGGACAAUUGGAAGAAAGAAUUGUGGAACAACUUCUCCAUCGGGGUGCCCUGGUUCGACCGUGAGGCCAACGACGCCGUCCUCUUUGGCUUCUUGACCGCCUGGUUACUAGGAGAGGUGGGUUGCUGCCAGGGAGGGUCAGGGAUAAUGGGUUACUAGGAGAGGUGGGUUGCUGUCAGGGAUAAUGGGUUACUAGGAGAGGUGGGUUGCUGUCAGGGAUAAUGGGUUACUAGGUAAGGUGGGUUGCUGCCAGGGAGGGUCAGGGAUAAUGGGUUACUAGGUAAGGUGGGUUGCUGCCAGGGAGGGUCAGGGAUAAUGGGUUACUAGGUAAGGUGGGUUGCUGCCAGGGAGGGUCAGGGAUAAUGGGUUACUAGGAGAGGUGGGUUGCUGUCAGGGAUAAUGGGUUAAGGGGGGUGUGGCCUACACACUGCUCACCAUUAUAACAGGGAAGUAGGUGGUUCUAUCCAGUUGAAUAAUGGCUUGUGUCAGUGCAAGGUUGCAGUUCAUUAGUCCCUCCCGAGUGGCGCAGUGGUCUAAGGCACUGCAUCGCAGUGCUAGCUGUGCCACUAGAGAUCCUGGUUCGAAUCCAGGCUCUGUCAUAGCCGGCCGCGACCAGGAGACCCAUGGGGCGGCGCACAAUUGGCCCAGCGUCGUCCAGGGUAGGGGAGGGAAUGGCCGGCAGGGAUGUAGCUCAGUUGGUAGAGCAUGGCAUUGCAACGCCAGGGUUGUGGGUUCGAUUCCAGUAUAAAAAAUUAAAAUGUAUGCACUCACUAACUGUAAGUCACUCUGGAUAAGAGCGUCUGCUAAAUGACUAAAAUGUAAAUGUAAUUAGUAACGUUGUCUUCCUCCAGUAUCCUGGCCAAUUAUAUUAACCCCACGUUGUCCUCCUCCAGUAUCCUGGCCCAUUAUAUUAACCCCACGUUGUCCUCCUCCAGUAUCCUGGCCCAUUAUAUUAACCCCACGUUGUCCUCCUCCAGUAUCCUGGCCCAUUAUAUUAACCCCACGUUGUCUUCCUCCAGUAUCCUGGCCCAUUAUAUUAACCCCACAUUGUCCUCCUCCAGUAUGCAGCGCAGUGUGAGGAGCCUCCCCAUAUCCUGGCCCAUUUCCAUGAGUGGCUGGCAGGCCUUGGCCUGGCGCUAUGCCGACAGAGACAGUUGCCCGUGGCAACCAUCUUCACCACCCACGCCACCCUGCUGGGACGCUACCUAUGUGCCGGCAGCGUGGACUUCUACAACAACCUCGCCGGUGUGAGUGAUGUCAUGAUCUGUGGUGUGAUGUCAUGAUCUGUGGUGUGUGUGUGUGUGUGUGUGUGUUGGUCAGGGUUGGGAUGUCAUGUUUACAAUGUUCUGAUCGUUCUGUCUUUGUGCAUCUUCAGCAUCAUUCACAGGUAACUGACCUCACAGUAAGUGUUGUAGGUCAUUCUAGGUUAUUUGAAGGUCAGCUGUAUCACCCUAGCUAGUAUCCUUUGCCCCGAUCCUAAAUCAACCCCUUACCCCUAGUCCCCUACUUAGUAUUCACUAGUGUAGAUCUGAAAGGGAACUGUUAACAGACUGAUGAUACCAAUCUGAUCCAUCUAGAGUUACGCAAGUGUGUGGAAGGUGGGGCGGGCAGGACCUUAGCAUUUUUAGCAUGUUUGUUUUAGCAUCUAGUGUGUCCUGUUUCAUCGACCCUGGAUUGCUCCAUUAAAACAGUGAAAGCACUUAUUUUAUGUGCUAUUUACUUGACCCAUAACUGCUGAAAGUUACCCUAGGCACUACUCUAGAUCAGAUAAGAUUUGGAUAGGAUUUUUUAAUCAUAAAAAUCUAGUAUAUAUAUACAUACAUACAUACAGUGAGGGAAAAAAGUAUUUGAUCCCCUGCUGAUUUUGUACGUUUGCCCACUGACAAAGAAAUGAUCAGUCUAUAAUUUUAAUGGUAGGUUUAUUUGAACAGUGCGAGACAGAAUAACAACAACAAAAAUCCAGAAAAACGCAUGUCAAAAAUGUUAUAAAUUGAUUUGCAUUUUAAUGAGGGAAAUAAGUAUUUGACCCCCUCUCAAUCAGAAAGAUUUCUGGCUCCCAGGUGUCUUUUAUACAGGUAACGAGCUGAGAUUAGGAGCACCCUCUUAAAGGGAGUGCUCCUAAUCUCAGCUUGUUACCUGUAUAAAAGACACCUGUCCACAGAAGCAAUCAAUCAAUCAGAUUCCAAACUCUCCACCAUGGCCAAGACCAAAGAGCUCUCCAAGGAUGUCAGGGACAAGAUUGUAGACCUACACAAGGCUGGAAUGGGCUACAAGACCAUCGCCAAGCAACUUGGUGAGAAGGUGACAACAGUUGGUGCGAUUAUUCGCAAAUGGAAGAAACACAAAAUAACUGUCAAUCUCCCUCGGCCUGGGGCUCCAUGCAAGAUCUCACCUCGUGGAGUUGCAAUGAUCAUGAGAACGGUGAGGAAUCAGCCCAGAACUACACGGGAGGAUCUUGUCAAUGAUCUCAAGGCAGCUGGGACCAUAGUCACCAAGAAAACAAUUGGUAACACACUACGCCGUGAAGGACUGAAAUCCUGAAGCGCCCGCAAGGUCCCCCUGCUCAAGAAAGCACAUAUACAGGGCCGUCUGAAGUUUGCCAAUGAACAUCUGAAUGAUUCAGAGGAGAACUGGGUGAAAGUGUUGUGGGCAGAUGAGACCAAAAUCUAGCUCUUUGGCAUCAACUCAACUCGCCGUGUUUGGAGGAGGAGGAAUGCUGCCUAUGACCCCAAGAACACCAUCCCCACCGUCAAACAUGGAAGUGGAAACAUUAUGCUUUGGGGGUGUUUUUCUGUUAAGGGGACAGGACAACUUCACCACAUCAAAAGGACGAUGGACGGGCCAUGUACCGUCAAAUCUUGGGUGAGAACCUCCUUCCCUCAGCCAGGGCAUUGAAAAUGGGUCGUGGAUGGGUAUUCCAGCAUGACAGUGACCCAAAACACACGGCCAAGGCAACAAAGGAGUGGCUCAAGAAGAAGCACAUUAAGGUCCUGGAGUGGCCUAGCCAGUCUCCAGACCAUAAUCCCAUAGAAAAUCUGUGGAGGGAGCUGAAGGUUCGAGUUGCCAAACGUCAGGUUCGAAACCUUAAUGACUUGGAGAAGAUCUGCAAAGAGGAGUGGGACAAAAUCCUUCCUGAGAUGUGUGCAAACCUGGUGACCAACUACAAGAAACAUCUGACCUCUGUGAUUGCCAACAAGGGUUUUGCCACCAAGUACUAAGUCAUGUUUUGUAGAGUGGUCAAAUACUUAUUUCCCUCCUUAAAAUGCAAAUCAAUUAAUAACAUUUUUGACAUGCAUUUUUCUGGAUUUUUUUAUAUUUAUUCUGUCUCUCACUGUUCAAAUAAACCUACCAUUAAAAUUAUAGACUGAUCAUUUCUUUGUCAAUGGGCAAACGUACAAAAUCAGCAGGGGAUCAAAUACUUUUUUCCCUCACUGUAUAUAGACACUGCUCAAAAAAAUAAAGGGAACACUUAAACAACACAAUGUAACUCCAAGUCAAUCACACUUCUGUGAAAUCAAACUGUCCACUUAGGAAGCAACACUGAUUGACAAUACAUUUCACAUGCUGUUGUGCAAAUGGAAUAGACAACAGGUGGAAAUUAUAGGCAAUUAGCAAGACACCCCCAAUAAAGAAGUGGUUCUGCAGGUGGUGACCACAGACCACUUCUCAGUUCCUAUGCUUCCUGGCUGAUGUUUUGGUCACUUUUGAAUGCUGGCGGUGCUUUCACUCUAGUGGUAGCAUGAGAUGGAGUCUACAACCCACACAAGUGGCUCAGGUAGUGCAGCUCAUCCAGGAUGGCACAUCAAUGCGAGCUGUGGCAAGAAGGUUUGCUGUGUCUGUCAGCGUAGUGUCCAGAGCAUGGAGGCACUACCAGGAGACAGGCCAGUACAUCAGGAGAUGUGGAGGAGGCCGUAGGAGGGCAACAACCCAGCAGCAGGACCGCAACCUCCGCCUUUGUGCAAGGAGGAGCAGGAGGAGCACUGCCAGAGCCCUGCAAAAUUACCUCCAGGAGGCCACAAAUGUGCAUGUGUCUGCUCAAACGGUCAGAAACAGACUCCAUGAGGGUGGUAUGAGGGCCCGAAGUCCACAGGUGGGGGUUGUGCUUACAGCCCAACACCGUGCAGGACGUUUGGCAUUUGCCAGAGAACACCAAGAUUGGCAUAUUCGCUACUGGUGCCCUGUGCUCUUCACAGAUGAAAGCAGGUUCACACUGAGCACAUGUGACAGACGUGACAGAGUCUGGAGACACCGUGGAGAAUGUUCUGCUGCCUGCAACAUCCUCCAGCAUGACUGGUUUGGCGGUGGGUCAGUCAUGGUGUGGGGUGGCAUUUCUUUGGGGGGCCGCACAGCCCUCCAUGUGCUCGCCAGAGGUAGCGUGACUGCCAUUAGGUACCGAGAUGAGAUCCUCAGACCCCUUGUGAGACCAUAUGCUGGUGCGGUUGGCCCUGGGUUCCUCCUAAUGCAAGACAAUGCUAGACCUCAUGUGGCUGGAGUGUGUCAGCAGUUCCUGCAAGAGGAAGGCAUUGAUGCUAUGGACUGGCCCGCCCAUUCCCCAGACCUGAAUCCAAUUGAGCACAUCUGGGACAUCAUGUCUCGCUCCAUCCACCAACGCCACGUUGCACCACAGACUGUCCAGGAGUUGGCGGAUGCUUUAGUCCAGGUCUGGGAGGAGAUCCCUCAGGAGACCAUCCGCCACCUCAUCAGGAGCAUGCCCAGGCGUUGUAGGGAGGUCAUACAGGCACGUGGAGGCCACACACACUACUGAGCCUCAUUUUGGCUUGUUUUAAGGACAUUACAUCAAAGUUGGAUCAGCCUGUAGUGUGGUUUUCCACUUUAAUUUUGAGGGUGACUCCAAAUCCAGACCUCCAUGGGUUGAUAAAUUUGAUUUCCAUUGAUAAUUUUUGUGUGAUUUUGUUGUCAGCACAUUCAACUAUGUAAAGAAAAAAGUAUUUAAUAAGAUUAUUUCAUUCAUUCAGAUCUAGGAUGUGUUGUUUAAGUGUUCCCUUUAUUUUUUUGAGCAGUGUAUAUAUAUUUUGCAAGUUAUUUAUUCAAUUCACUUUAUCUUAUGGUAGGUAAUAGCUUAAUCUUGUUCUCUCUCUCUCUCUCUCUCUCUCUCUCUCUCUCAGUUCAACUUGGAUAAGGAGGCGGGGGAUAGACAGAUCUACCAUCGGUAUUGUCUGGAGCGGACAGCGGCGCGCUGCGCUCAUGUCUUCACCACCGUCUCCCAGAUCACAGCCGUUGAGGCAGAGCACCUGCUCAAGAGGAAACCAGGUGUGUUUGUGCACGUGCGUGUGUGCGUGGGUGUACAUGCCUGUCACAGUAAUUGCUCUCAAGUCUGUCUCUGUUUUUUAACCUUUUAACCUCUUUGUUUGUUCUUAGUUGACUGUCUGGCUAACCUCUCCUCUCCUGUUCUCUUUCUCCAUCUCCUGUUCUCUCUCUCCCUCACUCUCUCUCUCUCUCUCUCCCUCUCCCGUUCUCCCUCUCUCCCACGUCCCUCUCUCUCUCUCUCCUUCUCCCCCGCCACCCCACCCCACAGACAUAAUCACCCCUAAUGGGCUGAACGUGAAGAAGUUCUCUGCCAUGCAUGAGUUCCAGAACCUGCACGCCCAGAGCAAGAACCGGAUCCAGGAGUUCAUCAGAGGUCACUUCUAUGGGUCAGUGGGGUCACCACCCAAACACAAACAUAUUAUAUAUGCAUACUGCUGGCCCACUGGGAACAGAUGUCAUUUCAAUGUCUAUUUUUGAUUGGCAUUAUGUUGAGUUGUCAACUAAGGUGAAAUCAACAAAAAAUGUCACCAUAACAUUGGAUUUAGCUUAAAAGUUGGGUGGGAAAGAAAGACAAAAUUCCCUUAUGUAGAUUUUUUUUGUUGUUGCAUUUUUCCACGUUGAUUCAACAUCAUCAACAAAACAAAUUAUGAAGCGGAAACAACGUUGAUUCAACCAGUUUUUGCCAAGUGGUGGGAGUGUUACCUCUUGGGCUCUUCACCUAUCAUAUUAAUAGACAACCCUGGAAACAGCCUCUUGUUAGAACCUAACUGGCACUUUAUCAUUUGCAGGGUUUGAUACUGCGACCAAAACAGUCGCAUUUGCGACCUUUUGACUUGGCAGUGCAACACAUUUUUAAUUGGUCUUAAGGAUGCCUGUGAAUUUAUUUUACCUGGUCACAUUAGUUUUGAGUUCACAAUUUCCUUUUUUUAAAUCAUGAUUUACUGAAACAUUCAUGUGACAUUUUGGAAACCCUCCGGGGCAGUCGAUCAUCCCAGUCAGUGGGGGCCAGUGACAUUUUUUAUUUUAAUAAUGUCAUUUUAAAUCUAGGCUAUAUAAUUGAUUUAAAAAUCAGAUGUAUUCCCAAUGCUUUUCAUUCGUUAUGUCGAUUAUUUAUCACACACGGGCUGCACACACAGCCUAUAGAUAAUCUGAUGGGCAGAGAGAUCGCGCAGCUCUCAAACAGCUGGUUGUUGCGUGGGGGAAAGAUAUUCCAAGUUAUGAUAUCUACUAGUAAAUGCUACUCCCCACUUUAUUAAUGUAAAACAUUUUCGUGGUAACGUUUGUUUUAGAUCAAGUAUUGUUUUUCUAAUUCUGCCCUCUAAAGGAUUUUGCAGAAAGUACACAUGGCACUUUGAAAUCUGCAAUAAAUACAUUUUACACAUUAUUUUAAGUCUAUUUUCUUUGCUAUUGCAGUAAAUCUAUCCAAAUGAUUGUAAGAACACAAGGGCAUACUAAUUUAAAAGAUGGCUAGUCAUUAUUAUCCUGGUUCUGUAUGGAAUGCAGACACAUUAUGGGACACAGGACCGGUCACUAUCAAUUACUGACUGGCUAGGGCCCUAGCAGUGAUGGGUAGCUUGGCCCCGGGCUGUGUGCAUGGCCUUCUGUCAGAAGUUUCCAAUGGCCUUUAAAGGAAAAUUCCACUCAAAAGCUAUCUUUUGGUAUUUGUUUCAUUAGUCCACUGUUGAUACAGUCCCAAAAUGUUUUGCAUGUCAGCAAUAAAGUUUUCAAGAUAUAGAACUUUCAGAAAACAGAACGUGUCACAGUGUGAUGCAUUUUCUAGAUCUUAAACUUAAUUGCUGACAUUUUGGGACUGUAUCAACAGUGAACUAAUGAAACUGGUAUUUUUUGAGUGGUAUUUUUUGAGUGGUAAUUUAAUUAGGUAAGAUUCUCAAUCUCGUUAUCUAAUUCUAGAUACCCCAACCCUCAUUUUAAUGCUUUAAAUCUUCAGUAUGGCGCACAAGUGAAUAAAUGAAUGAUGUGGUUGUACCAGGGUUGGGGUCAAUUCCAUUUCAAUUUAGGAAAUAACCUGAAUUCCAAUUCCAAUUCUCAUAGAGAAGCAUUGUGGAAAAUUGGAAUGUCAGUUUACUUUCUGAAUUGACUGAAUUUAAAUGAAAUUGACUCCAACCCUGGUCUGGAAAUGUGGUCAGGUGAUGUCAGGUUUGCAUCAUUGCAUCAUUUGGUCUCAUCUUGAAUGGUUUUUGUUGUCCCACCCGACAGGCACCUGGACUUUAACCUGGACAAGUGUCUGUUCCUGUUCAUCGCUGGGAGGUAUGAGUUCAGCAACAAAGGGGCUGAUAUCUUCUUGGAGGCUUUGGCCAGACUCAACUAUCUACUGAGAGUAAGCUGUGUUUGUGUGUGUCCGUGUCCGGCACUGUGUGUGUGGCACUGUGUGUGUGUGUACACACGUGUAUCAGAGGAUGUGUGUGUUUGUCUGUGCUAUUCUAUACAGUGGAUUCGGAAAGUAUUCAGACCCCUUGACUUUUUACACAUUUUGUUACUUUACAGCCUUAUUCUCAAAUGGUAAAAAAUCACUAAUCUAGACACAACACCCCGUAAUGACCUGCAAAAACAGGUUUUUAGAAAAUUUUGCAAAUGUAUUACAAAACCCCCCACGGAAAUAUCACAUUUACAUAAGUAUUCAGACCCUUUACUCAGUACUUUGUUGAAGCACCUUUGGCAGCGAUUACAGCCUCAAGUCUUCUUGGGUAUGACGCUACAAGUUUGGCACACCUGUAUUUGGGGAGUUUCUCCCAUUCUUCCCUGCAGAUCCUCUCAAGCUCUGUCAGGUUGGAUGGGGAGCGUCGCUGCACAGCUAUUUUCAGGUCUCUCCAGAGAUGUCUGAUUGGGUUCAAGUCUGGGCUCUGGCUGGGCCACUUAAGGACAUUCAGAGACUUGUCCUGAAGCCACUCCUGCGUUGUCUUGGCUGUGUGCUUAGGGUCGUUGUCCUGUUAGAAGGUGAACCUUCGCCCCAGUCUGAGGUCCUGAGUGCUGUGGAGCAGGUUUUCAUCAAGGAUCUCUCUGUACUUUGCUCUGUUAAUCUUUCCUUCGAUCCUGACUAGUCUCCCAGUCCCUGCAGCUGAAAAACAUCCCCACAGCAUGAUGCUGCCACCACCAUGCUUCACUGUAGGGAUGGUGCCAGGUUUCCUCCAGACGUGACGCUUGGCAUUCAGGCCAAAGAGUUCAAUCUUGGUUUCAUCAGCACAGAGAAUCUUGUUUCUCAUGGUCUGAGAGUCUUUAGGUGCCUUUUGGCAAACUCCAAGCGGGCUGUCAUGUGCCUUUUACUGAGGAGUGGUUUCCAUCUGACCACUCUACCAUAAAGGCCUGAUUGGUGGAGUGCUGCAGAGAUGGUUGUCCUUCUGGAAGGUUCUGCCAUCCCCACAGAGGAACUCUGGAGCUCUGUCAGAGUGACCAUCGGGCCCUUCUCCCCCGAUUGCUCAGUUUGGCCGGGUGGCCAGCUCUAGGAAGCGUCUUGGUGGUUCUAAACAUCUUCCAUUUAAGAAUGAUGGAGGCCACCGUGUUCUUGGGGACCUUCAAUGCUGCAGAAUAUUUUUGGUACCGUUCCCCAGAUCUGUGCCUCGACACAAUCCUGUAUUGGAGCUCUACGGACAAUUCCUUUGACCUCAUGGCUUGGUUUUUGCUCAGACAUGCACUGUCAACUGUGGGACCUUAUAUAGACAGGAGUGUGCCUUUCCAAAUAAUGUCCAAUCAAUUGAAUUUAUCACAGGUGGACUCCAAUCAAGUUGUAGAAACAUCUCAAGGAUGAUCAAUGGAAACAGGAUGCACCUAAGCUCAAUUUCGAGUCUCAUAGUAAAGGGUCUGAAUACUUACGUAAAUAAGGUAUUUCUGUUUUUUAUUUUUAAUACAUUUGCUAAAAUUUCUACAAACCUGUUAGCACUUUGUCAUUAUGGGUUAUUGUCUGUAGAUUGAUGAGGGAAUUUAAAAAAAAUCAAUUUUAGAAUAAGGCUGUAAAGUAACAAAGUGGAAAAAGUCAAGGGGUCUGAAUACUUUCCGAAUGCACUGUAUGUGCCUGUGUGUGUGUACAUACCCAUUCACUCUACCAGCUUGUCGGUCGGUUAGUUAGAUGUAGGUAUUUACUCCCUCACUUUCUUUUUGUCUCUCUCUCUCUCUCAGGUCAACCACAGCGAUGUGACUGUCGUUGCGUUCUUCAUCAUGCCUGCGCGGACAAACAACUUCAACGUGGAGACACUGAAAGGCCAAGCAGUCAGGAAGCAGCUCUGGUAAUGAUCAACACCAUCAUCAUAGCUGUUUCCUGCCACAGAGGGAGACACUUGCAUGUGAAAAAAUAAGAAAACGUAUGUAUUUAUAGUGACUAAUAACUUGACUUUGUUUUAACCUCCUCAUGGCAGGGAUACAGCUCAUACAGUGAAAGAACGCUUCGGAAAGAAACUUUAUGAAUCACUGCUGGUGUAAGUGGACCUCUAUGAAUCCCCAUUUGUGCUGUUGAACUACCAGUACAAUAACUAUACUGUAAACCCAUAUGAUUCACUGUACUGUAAACCCAUAUGAUUCACUGUACUGUAAACCCAUAUGAAUCACUGUACUGUAAACCCAUAUGAUUCACUGUACUUGAACCAUUAUUACUCUAAGAGAACUUCUAUACACUACAGUAUGUAUGAAUGACUUUUUCUUAGUUAAAGAGAAGGGAAACCCACACACAUUUUAUUCAAGCUUACGUGUCUGCCUCUUGGCCUUCAUCAGAGCUUUUGUACUAGUUUGUAUUUUACCCCUUAGUAAAAUCUACCUCUGUCCUGGAUUAGUGGGCAGUUGCCGGACGUGUCCAAGAUGCUGGACAAGGAUGACUUCACCAUGAUGAAGCGUGCCAUCUUUGCCACCCAGAGGCAGUGCCAGCCUCCCAUCUGUACCCACAACAUGCUGGAGGACAGCAACGACCCCAUCCUCACUUGCAUUCGCCGCAUUGGUCUGUUCAACAGCUCUGCCGACCGCGUCAAGGUAGAUUGAUUGAUUUGAAUUGAUUAGAUCAUUAGAAGUAGUAGACUGCUCCAGCCAGACUACUUUACGUAGCCUACGUAAAAAUUAUCCAGGAUAAAAACACAAAGGCCAGAGGCUUUUUUCAUUGUGUCCUGAUUUGGCAGUGAGAUGGCAGGUGGGCUAGACUGACACUUUACAUGCAUUCAGUGCAAUUAAAAACAACAGGUAUUUCAAAUACAUAACCGUCAUACCGUUUGACCCACAGCUAUGCAGUGGGCCAGGGCCCAUGGUUUCUAGUCCAGACUGGCCUGUGCAUCAGUAGUAGGAUAGUGUUAUAGGAAUGACAUUUGUGACACGUGACACCAGUCUGGACUAGAAACCAUGGGCCCUGGCCCACUGCAUAGCUGUGGGUCAAAUGGGUUCAAUUGCUUAGAAAUAAUUAUUAUUCUGCAGUGAUUGGAAGACUUGUAAAACUGGUGUAAAUAAUAUGGUGGAAGCCCAUCUAUCUUUCAUCUUGUGAACUCCAUCCUCAUCCCCUGCUUCGUGCUUCCCAUAAUCCUUUUAGGUGAUCUUCCACCCAGAGUUCCUCUCCUCCACCUCUCCCCUCCUGCCGAUGGAUUAUGAAGAGUUUGUAAGAGGCUGCCAUCUUGGAGUGUUCCCCUCUUACUACGAACCAUGGGGAUAUACACCAGGUAGACUCUUAAAGAUGCUAUGAACCAUGGAGAUAUACAGUGCCUUGCAAAAGUAUUCACACCCCCUUGGCGUUUUUCCUAUUUUGUUGCAUUACAACUUGUAAUUUAAAUUGAUUUUUAUUUGGAUUUCAUGUAAUGGACAUACACAAAAUAGUCCAAAUUGGUGAAAAAAAAAUUAAGAAUCUAAAAAAUAAAUAACGGAAAAGUGGUGUGUGCAUAUGUAUUCACCGCUAUGAAGCCCCUAAAUAAGAUCUGGUGCAACCAAUUACCUUUAGAAGUCACAUAAUUAGUUAAUAAAGUCCACCUGUGUGCAAUCUAAGUGUCACAUGAUCUCAGUAUAUAUACACCUGUUCUGAAAGGCCCCAGAGUCUGCAACACCACUAAGCAAGGGGCACCACCAAGCAAGCGGCAUCAUGAAGACCAAGGAGCUCUCCAAACAGGUCAAGGACAAAGUUGUGGAGAAGUACAGAUCGGGGUUGGGUUAUAAAAAAAUAUCAGAAACUUUGAACAUCCCACGGAGCACCAUUUUAAAUCCAUUAUAAAAAAAAUGGAAAGAAUAUGGCACCACAACAAACCUGCCAAGAGAGGACCGCCCACCAAAACUCACGGACCAGGCAAGGAGGGCAAUAAUCAGAGAGGCAACAAAGAGACCAAAGAUAACCCUGAAGGAGCUACAAAGCUCCACAGCGGAGAUUGGAGUAUCUGUCCAUAGGACCACUUUAAGCCGUACACUCCACAGAGCUGGGCUUUACGGAAGAGUGGCCAGAAAAAAGCCAUUGCUUACAGAAAAAAAUAAGCAAACACAUUUGGUGUUUGCCAAAAGCCAUGUGGGAGACUCCCCAAACAUAUGGAAGAAGGUACUCUGUUCAGAUUAGACUAAAAUUGAGCUUUUUGGCCAUCAAGGAAAACGCUAUGUCUGGCGCAAACCCGAGAACACCAUCCCCACAGUGAAGCAUGGUGGUGGCAGCAUCAUGCUGUGGGGAUGUUUUUCAUUGGCAGGGACUGGGAAACUGGUCAGAAUUGAAAGAAUGAUAGAUGGCGCUAAAUACAGGGAAAUUUUUGAGGGAAAUUUCAGUCUUCCAGAGAUUUGAGACUGGGACAGAGGUUCACCUUCCAGCAGGACAAUGACCCUAAGCAUACUGCUAAAGCAACACUCGAGUGGUUUAAGGGGAAACAUUUAAAUGUCUUGGAAUGGCCUAGUCAAAGCCCAGACCUCAAUCCAAUUGAAAAUCUGUGGUAUGACUUAAAGAUUGCUGUACACCAGCGGAACCCAUCCAACUUGAAGGAGCUGGAGCAGUUUUGCCUUGAAGAAUGGGCAAAAAUCCCAGUGGCCAAGCUUAUAGAGACUUUCAGCUGUAAUUGCUGCAAAAGGUGGCUCUACAAAGUAUUGACUUUGGGGGGGGUGAAUAGUUAUGAAUGCUCAAGUUUUCUGUUUUCUUGUCUUAUUUCUUGUUUGUUUCACAAUAAAACAUAUUUUGCAUCUUCAAAGUGGUGGGCAUGUUGUGUAAAUGAAAUGAUACAAACCCCCCAAAAAUCAAUUUUAAUUCCAGGUUGUAAGGCAACAAAAUAGGAAAAAUGCCAAGGGGGUGAAUACUUUCGCAAGCCACUAUACACCAGGUAGACUCUUAAAGAUACUAUGAGAUAUGGUUGUCUUGAACAUUGGCUGUAUAUACAAGUAUAUUUACUUCAAUCUCUGUCUCUGUCUCUCUCAGCUGAGUGUACAGUCAUGGGGAUCCCCUCGAUCUCUACCAACCUUUCUGGGUUCGGCUGCUUCAUGGAAGAACACAUAGCUGACCCCUCAGCAUAUGGUGUGUUCCCUGUGUGUUCAGAAUAUACAGUAUGCGUCCAAGCCAAAGUUAUUUACUGUCUUCCAAGGGGCUGAUAAAAACAUUCUACAUUUAGAAAAGUAAUGGUCCCAAUAAAAAAGUAUUAACCAAUAAGGCCUGAGAGGGUGUGGUAUAUGGACAAUAUACCACGGCUGAGGGCUGUUCUUAUGCACGACGCAACGCGGAGCACCUGGAUACAGCCCUUAGCCGUGGUAUAUUGGCCAUAUCACUAACCCCCGAGGUGCCUUAUUGCUAUUAUAAACUGGUUAUCAACGUAAUUAGAGCAGUAAAAAUAAAUGUUUUGUCAUACCAGUGGUAUACGGUCUGAUAUACCACAGAUUUCAGCCAAUCAGCAUUCAGGACUCGAACUACACGGUUUAUAAUAUGGCAUUUUAGCUGAGGCUUUUAUCCAAAGCAACAUACAGUCAUACAUGUAUACAUUGUACGAAUGGGUGGUUCCAGCGGGAAUUGAACCCACAACCUUUUGCGUUUAGAAACACCAUUCUCUACCAACUGAUCUCCAGUAGAUUUGACUAAUGCUGUUGUACUCUACCUCAGGAAUCUACAUCCUUGAUCGACGGUACAGAGGGGUUGAUGAGUCGUGUAAUCAGCUCACAUCGUACCUGUUCCAGUUUUGCCAGCAGAGCCGGCGUGCCAGGAUCAUCCAGCGGAACCGCACCGAGCGCCUGAGUGACCUUCUGGACUGGAGAUAUCUGGGCAGGGUGAGACCUUUCACCUUUGCCAAGAGGAGAAAUGUCAACCGUUCUACUACAACUAUCAUCUUAUCUCUCUCUCUGCUCUUUCUCUCAGUAUUAUAUAUCAGCUCGUCACAUGGCCCUGGCUAAAGCCUUCCCGGAUACCUACUUCUACCAACCUCAUGACUCUGAGACUGUAAGUCUAUGAGUGUGUCUGUCUGUCUGUCUGUAUGGUGAGGAGAUGCUGUUUCCUCCUUUUGGGUAACAAUGGGUACUUAGUUUAAAUAAUUCUACACCAUUGGAAACGACCUAGUACCUAAUGGUGCCCGGGGGCGAUUAGUAAAAAAAUUGUUCUUUACCCAUUCGCUAGGAAUUUGCUGUAGUGUACCUUUUUAGUUGGACUGUUGUUAUAACAGUGGUUUCUACUCAAUUACCUGGAGGCCUGAGGGUUAUAACAGGGGUGUCUACUCAAUUACCUGGAGGCCUGAGGGUUAUAACAGUGGUGUCUACUCAAUUACCUGGAGGCCUGAGGGUUAUAACAGUGGUGUCUACUCAAUUACCUGGAGGCCUGAGGGUUAUAACAGUGGUGUCUACUCAAUUACCUGGAGGCCUGAGGGUUAUAACAGUGGUGUCUACUCAAUUACCUGGAGGCCUGAGGGUUAUAACAGUGGUGUCUACUCAAUUACCUGGAGGCCUGAGGGUUAUAACAGUGGUGUCUACUCAAUUACCUGGAGGCCUGAGGGUUAUAACAGUGGUGUCUACUCAAUUGCCUGGAGGGCUGAGUGUCUGCGGGUUUUCCCUCUUCCCUUGUACUUGAUUGAUCAGUUAAGGUCAUAGAUUAAUUAGGCACUCCCCUCACCUGGUUGUCUCGGUCCUAAUUGGAUACUAUUUGAAAGGAACUAACAAAAACCAGCAGACACGGCCCUGAAGGGAUUUAGUUGGACAUCCCUGGUUUAUUUCAUCUGUAAAAUAAGAUGUACAUCUGGAUUAGUACAUUUUAUGAGAAAGUGUGUCAGAGAUGACGCAUACUGCUAUGCUACUCUGGCUGCGUUUAGACAGGCAGCCAAAUUCUGAUCUUUUUAAACGAAUUAGUCUUUUGGCCAAUCAGAUCAUCUCUGAAAUAGAUCUGAUGUGAUUAUUCAAAAGAUCAAUUGGUGAAAAACAUAUCAGAAUGUGUCUGCCUGUCUAAACACAGCAUUGUGUGUUGUCUGUGUCUUCCCCUCUAAACCCCACCACCAUUUAUUUUCAGGCCCAAGGUUUCCGUUACCCUAGACCAGCCUCUGUGCCCCCAUCUCCGUCUCUGUCGCGCCACUCCUCCCCCCGCCACAGCGAGGCAGAAGAAGAGGAUGACCGCUAUGAUGAAGAUGCGGAGGCAGAGAAAGACCGCUUGAACAUCCGCCAGCCCUUCACCCUGCCUAGUAAAAAGGGUCCAGCCUUGCCUUACACCCUCCCAGGUGUCAAUGGAGAGAAAAACGGAGCCACCAGUGUGAAAAACUGAGUGUCUCUCUCUCACAUACACACACACAAACGUACACAUGCCGACACUCACUACAAGAACUGUUACACAACAUACAUGUUACAAACACACCACUCUUAUCUUGACUGUCUCCACUUACAUAAUAUAGAUCCGACAACUGCUGAAGAGAUGAGCUAUUACAGUAUUCCAGUAUAUGUUAUUAAUCCAGCACCCCGAAGGUCUUCCAAACCUCCGUGCACCUCAGCCUGUGUGAGCAACCUGUACUGAAAUGGAGGAAGAGAGGGAAAGGAAAUAGAUGGCUAACGGGGCGACAUUUCCUUGAGUUAAAAAGCCCAGCAUUGAGAUAACAAAGUGGGGUAACUUUGAGUAUAUAGGACGGUUACCUCUGGUCAAUAAUCUAGGUUACCUCUGGUCAAUAAUCUAGGUUACCGCUGGUCAAUAAUCUAGGUUACCUCUGGUCCACAGGAGGCUGCUGAGGGGAGG